AUGGCUGUUGCAGCAGCCGAGGUGAUGAUCUACAACGAAAAUCGCAAAAAAUGGCAAGCUCCUGAUGGUGCUGAGGGUCAAAUCUCGAGUAUUCAAGUUCUGCAUAAUGCUGUACGGCAAACGUUCAGAAUUAUUGCGAUCAGGGAGCAGGAUGGUGCAUGGGUUAUAAAUUGUAAUAUUCACCAUAAACUCAAGUAUCACACCGCUACCCCAACCUUCCAUCAAUGGAGAGACGAGCAGCGGCAGGUGUAUGGAUUGAACUUCUCAUCAGAGAAAGAAGCGCGAGAUUUUGUCUCGGCGGUUGGCCAAGCGAUUGACUAUCUCAACCAUCAGUUUAUUCAUGGAGGAGACUAUCAAGUUCCAAAUGGUAUGUUCUGUUUCAGUCCCUUUGCUCUUAUGAUUCGAUCUUUUUCGCUCUUUGGCUUACGGUCUCGGAGCAUUAUCACGAUAAUGAGUCACGUAUCCGUUUAA